AUGCGCCUAAGCUACAUUCUAGUUGCUGCUGCCUCAAUCCUCUGUUCCCACCACGAUUCUGUCUCUGCAUCUGCCGGUAACGACUUUGCUCUAGCUACUGUAACGUCGUUGGGCUUUCUUCAACUCAUUGGUGCUGACAAAAGCACCAUCGACAAGUCCCAGUUCCUGAGAGACAACAAGAUCACCGAAAACGACAGCGAAGAGAGAGGGAUUUUGGAUGCUAAAAGCUUUGUCGAAAAGUUAUUCAGGAUGAACUCUUUUUCUGAGCUCGAGAAAAUUGACAAACUGACAGACCUCAAAGCAAUUUCGGCUGCGGUAGAUGACAAAUUGGCGGCAGUGUUCAAGUUCGCUGACGAAGCGAAAAUGCGUCUUGAUGAUCUGGCCAGAAUAGCCAACAAAUUCGGUGAUUUCGAUGAUGCUCUUAAGACGAAGGCGCUGGAACUGUACACCAAGUACUGGAACACAAUGCACUAA